AUGAAGGCUCUCAUUCUUGUCGGAGGCUUCGGCACCCGUCUGCGUCCUUUGACUCUCACCCUCCCGAAGCCGCUGGUCGAGUUCGGCAACCGGCCCAUGAUCUUGCACCAGGUCGAGAGCUUGGCUGCUGCGGGUGUUACUGACAUUGUAUUGGCCGUUAACUACCGCCCCGAUGUUAUGGUCGCCGCACUGAAGAAGUACGAGGAGCAAUACGGUGUCAACAUCGAGUUCUCCGUCGAGACCGAACCACUGGGCACGGCUGGCCCGCUCAAGCUGGCGGAGGGUAUUCUGGGCAAGGAUGACUCGCCUUUCUUCGUGUUGAACUCAGAUGUUAUCUGUGACUACCCCUUCAGAGAGCUUGCGGAGUUCCACAAGAAGCACGGUGACGAAGGUACCAUUGUUGUCACCAAGGUCGAUGAGCCGUCCAAGUACGGUGUCGUGGUUCACAAGCCUAACCACCCUUCGCGCAUUGAUCGUUUCGUCGAGAAGCCCGUCGAGUUCGUCGGUAACCGUAUCAACGCCGGUAUCUACAUCCUGAACCCCAGCGUCCUCAAGCGCAUUGAGCUGCGCCCCACAUCCAUUGAGCAGGAGACCUUCCCUGCCAUCGUCAAGGACGGCCUGCUCCACUCUUAUGACCUCGAGAGCUUCUGGAUGGAUGUUGGUCAGCCCAAGGACUUCCUCACUGGUACCUGUCUGUACCUCUCCUCCCUGACCAAGCGCGACCCCAAGAAGCUGGUUUCCACCUCCGAGCCUUACGUGCACGGCGGCAAUGUCAUGGUUGACCCCUCCGCGAAGAUUGGAAACAACUGCCGCAUUGGACCUAACGUAGUUAUUGGACCUAACGUUGUCAUUGGCGAUGGUGUCCGUUUGCAGCGUUGCGUUGUGAUGGAGAACAGCAAGGUCAAGGAUCACGCUUGGAUCAAGUCCACCAUUGUCGGCUGGAAUAGCUCCGUUGGUCGCUGGGCUCGUUUGGAGAACGUGACAGUUCUGGGAGACGAUGUUAGCAUCGCCGAUGAGGUGUAUGUCAACGGUGGCUCCAUUCUCCCCCACAAGAGCAUCAAGCAAAACAUUGAUGUUCCUGCCAUUAUCAUGUAA